AUGGUUUUCCAUAAUCAGCAUUUGAAGUUGGAAGACCUAAAAAGGCAACGUAGAGUUCCAAACAACUACCUGCAUAAAGAGAACAUCCCAGAAUAUCCUAAACCAGAGUUCUACGUGAGUCGUCUGAAACAUGAAACUUCAGGAUCAGCGCUACGUGGGAUCAAGAAGGAUGGGGGCUUCAGGAAUCCAAGUGGAGAAUCCCGGAUAUGGUGGAGUCUGGCUGUGGGUCCAGAUGAAAUAAAUAACGCAGAGACGAGGCUCCGGGAGAAGAGUUCCUCAGACCGGGGGAGGGUGGCUCCUGAGCAGCAGAGCUUCCUGUGGAAGUUUGCCACGUCUCCAGCCUUCAAGGAGACGUCCAGGCUGGGCUCCUUCCGCUUCACCUUCCCCCUGCAGGAGGUGCUGACGGCCUACAAAGACCAGAUUUGUUCUGGAGCUGAUCCGGUCAUGCGGGUUUUACGGACUGAUUUGCAUAAACAGGAAGUGGUUUAUGCUAUUCUGGUUCACAGUCCAAACUUAAAUAAGAAGUUUUCAAAACACCCUCUACUGGAAGACGACCCAAACGCCAUUUGUGUCUACAGAGAUGGACGCUUCAUCUGGAGGUCAGAGGCCAUGUGUGAGACUCACUGGUAUGAAUUUGAUAAAGAUCAGAUGGAAGCCAGACCUGUGUGGCACGAGUUUUACGUUUGGGACCACGUUGCUUUGGCCCUGCAUGUGGAGAAUAAACAGGUGCUGGAGCUUGAUAUUGAUAAACCAGAAGAUUUCCUCACGUACUGUGAGAAAGAUGAUGUGCCAUAUCGUCAGGAAUUUCAAAACCAUCAUGAAGCUAAUGAAUUGGUGAAGGAGGUGUGGCCAGAAUGGGUGGGUCCUCUGGAGGCGGAGCGUCCGCUGCAGAUGCAUUACACAGGUAAGACACGUAUGAACUCUGCAUCACUGACUUCAUUGCAACACAGCAUCGAUCUAACAGUUCCUCUCGUCUCUAACCUUCACCUGUUCCACAAAGUUCCUCCUUCGAGCUACAGUCCCCAGAACCAGACAGAACCAGACAUCCAGGAAAUGAUGCAAGAGGUUCAGCAAUUCCUGACUGAGAAAGUAGGCAAUAGAUACCUUGUCUUCAACAACAGCCUGGAGGACAGAGAUCCUCAACAGGCCUCAAAUCUCCUGGAAGAGGUGAAGUCCAGGCUCAGCCUCUAUCUCAGCAGCAGGGCUAAAGAGCUGCAGUGA